UGGACGUCAUCACAUGCGUCGUCGCGGUCUGAUGACACACCUGUUUUGGUGUGAAAAUGGCUGAACGCGAAGCGCUUAAAAGAGAAAUUGAGGAGCUACAGAAUCUUAUUAAUGAUUAUAAAAAUACUCAUGGUGACGUUCCCUCAAGCUCUUCCCAGUGGGAUCGUUCACGGGGGGGUCGGGGUCACGGAUCACACUUCACACAGUCAUAUUCAGCACCGCCACAGACUUAUGAGCCUCCUUCUUCUGGCAGCUGGAGGAAAACAUACUCCCUUAACAACAAGACCACGAGAGCUACUGGGGGGCAUGUGUCUCACCCUUACCAUCAUGUGUCUACUCUGAACCAGCCUUCCCAUCCCAUUAAUAACACAUCUACUACAGCUACUGCUACACAGAAUAAUACUGGACUUAACAGGAGCAAUGAAAAGGUUCCAGAAAAGAAAAACAAGAGUAAAUCUUCGGCAGGCUUACUACAAAGUGAAACUUCACAGAAGAGGAACACUGCCAGUGAGCAAAGGACUGUGCUUAUAUCUUCAGGUCAACAGAUUUCUCAUGGCCAUUCAUCUACCUGUAAUCUAGUGGAUUCUACUUUAUCAUCAUUAGAGAAAAAGAGCCAACCUGAAAGGAAGAUAAAACCCACUUUAAAACUGCCAUCAUCUUUGACUAACCCCACAUCCCUUUCAACUAUCAAACAAAAGCCUGAAAUUCAACUACAAUUCAAACCAGACCCCCCCACGGAUGCCUUAUCCAGUAGGACUGUCAUAAUGCCAAAACCCCAGAAUGAUUCUUCUUUGACUUCUUCUGACACUAGCUUUCAAUCUCAUACUUCUUUAACCCCGACAAAGCUUGUGCAAAAACCAGACUCAACACAGAAAUGUGUCGCCUCAUGCCAUAAGAGAUCCCAGUUUACCUGGGUUAAAAAACAAGAAGUUGUAAACGUAAAAAAUAUUCCCAAGACAGAAGCUCACCCCAUAGAGACCUCUGUCUCCCCUGCCCCUGGAUCCUCUCCUGGGACUGUCAAAGUCAGACGACUCUCUGGCUCAAACAAAAGGAUAUCUCACAAGCCCAAUCUAUCCCUUGGAUCUACCAAGACCUCAAAGUACAGCUGGGUCUCUUCAUCUUGUUCCUCAUCAACAGCUGGAAAAACAAACACAACCAAACAGCUACGCAAGCCACUUUCACCCAAAUCUUAUAAGGUGCCUGUAAAAAUAACUCCGUUUGGGUUUGAGGGAACCAAAAAAACAAGAAGUCCCACAACAUUAUCGGUUGUAUCAAAGAAAUCAAAAACUGGGGGGGCCUCCACAUCUAAUGUCGGUCACACCAGCCGCUAUUCCUGGAAGCCAGCUGGACAAGGUUCUACAUCAAAUACAACCAGCUCAGUUCCAAGGUCUGCCCAUAAAAACACAGCGUAUCAGUGGGUUGCUAAUAAGAAUGGUCAAAAGGGGGAAAAGAGGCCUGUGUUGUCCUCGAGCCCAGCCCACUCAAAUACUCCCACCACUCCCAAGUCAUCGGGAGCAUUCAAGCUUAGGAGCAGAACCAAAAUCAUCAGAAGGUUCUCUAGCACUACCCCCUCCAUAGAGAGGAGAUACAGCCCCAAUGUGGUGACAUCAAGGAGCCGAUAUUCUCUGCGGAGGCGGUCACACAGUCAGGUCAGGAGUCCAACCAGUGCCAGGCUGGCUCAGUCGAAAGAGCUGGUUUCAUUUGGCAGGCACAAGCUGCGCCGCCUCUCCCUGACAGCUUUGGGGAAUUCGAGAUCAGGCCCUCCCUUUCCAUCAGUGCGAAGUCCGCCGUCACAUAGGGUCAUCAAAACACGCUACAAGAUUGACACGCGCAGGGCACACACUGCCCACCACAGCCCCACUCUUUCCUACAGAGUCAAGAGAGUCCAGUCGGCCAGAAUCCACCUGCAGAAUCGCUUGAGGACACCAUCAGAUAGGCAUUGGAGGGGGCGGAGCAUGAGAUGGAUAGGCGGAGAACUAUACAGAGUCUCAGCCAAUAAGCUCUCUCGCACCCAUACCAUCUGCACACCUACCACUAGACCGGGAGAGUGGUACAAUCCAGAUAUUUCCUCGACUAGCAACCUGGCAAAAACAUCCGCCACACGAUACAUAGCAAGUCGUGCUGUGCAGAGGAGUUUAGCUAUAAUCCGACAGGCCUGUCAGAAGAAACAGAAGGCCAAGCAGUACUGCAUGUACUAUAACAGGUUCGGCAAAUGUAACCAUGGGGAAGCCUGCCCAUACAUCCACGACCCCGACAAGGUGGCGGUCUGCACCAGGUUUCUUCGUGGUACUUGUAAGCAGACGGAUGGAACGUGUCCUUUCUCUCAUAAAGUGGCCAAAGAAAAGAUGCCUGUGUGCUCAUACUUCCUGAAGGGGAUCUGUAAUAACAGUAGCUGUCCCUACAGCCACGUCUACGUGUCUCGCAAAGCCGACGUGUGCAAAGACUUCGUUCGCGGUUACUGCCCCCAGGGAGACAAGUGCAAGAAGAAGCACACUCUGGUGUGUCCAGACUUUUCAAGUAAGGGUGCAUGUCCACUUGGAUCCAAAUGUAAGCUCCACCAUAGAGAAAGAGUGAAACGCACCAGCUGCAACGCAAACUCCGGACCGGCCAAGAGAGCCCGCAACAGAGAUGUUGUAAAGAGAUCGGAGGAAGGGAGGUGCCCAUCUGCAGAGUCCACAGAGGCAGAUGAGGGCUCAUCCAGCUCGGAUCCUAAGAAGCUUCCCUCCUUCAUCUCUUUGCCCAGCUCUCCUGACCCGGCGGAGAACACUGAUGCCCCAGAGUUCCCUCCUGCGGCAGGCCCACAGGCCAAAGGUAAAACACUACAUAUCAAGCCACGCUUCUAAACACAUGUUCGCGACGCGGACAGAACCCUUGCCGAAGGUGGGCUGUGGUUCUAUGGUGGGUUUUUUUAUCUUGGAAAAACUGUAAAAGAUGAGCUUUUAUUUUAGAGAUUUCCCCCUUUUAAACAUUUAUAGAAUUUUCAGUUUAUGAUUACAUUAGAUUUAAAAACACGAGAUUUACAAGCUGGUUAAGAGUCACUGUUAGCUUAGGAGAGAGAAUUCAGUGGUGCAAAUUCCAGAAAUUUAGUCUAUAGUCAUUCCGCAGAGUAUUUCCAAUUUGUUUAAAAUUUCUGAACCCUGAACCUCAGUUUUAAUGUUAUUGAAAUGCUCAUUCAUCAAAUAUAAGCAGAAGUUUACAUGUGGAGUUAAUAUAAUUAUUAUCAAAGCGUAAAGUCAUUCUCAGGGGGUUUUAAAAUGGCAUUUUCCUAAGAAUGCAAGUUUCUAAGUUUAUGGAAAAAUAUGGAUUAAAGUGUCAUCUUGAGUAAAUGUAUUUUGAAUCGAUUGAAAUAAAAUAGCUUUGAAAUUUUA